AUGCAUACGCAUGUUGGAACACUAAGGGAGGUGUCAAAUAAGGUUCACAAUGCCGAAUUAAAAUUGUUCUUGGAGGUUGAGCUAGGACUGGAUUUACGACCUAUUGCUCUACCUGAUAAGACAAAGGAAGAUAUUUUACUUUUCUUUAAGCUUUAUGAUCCUGAGAAAGCAGAGCUGCGUUAUGCUGGAAGACUUUUUGUAAAAAGUAUGGGUAAGCCAAUAGAAUACUUGUCAAAAUUAAAUGAAAUGGCGGGCUACGCUCCUGAUGAAGAGAUCGAACUAUAUGAGGAAAUAAAGUUUGAGCCUAGUGUCAUGUGUGAACCAAUUGACAAGAAAGGCACCUUUCGAUCUAGCCAGCUGGAAGAUGGAGAUAUUGUUUGUUUUCAAAAGGCCCUGCCUUUAGAGAGUAGUGAACAAUACCCAUAUCCAGAUGUUCCUUCAUUUUUGGAAUAUGUUCAUAACCGCCAGGUUGUUCGUUUCCGGUCUCUUGAGAAGCCAAAGGAAGAAGAUUUCUCUCUGGAAAUGUCAAAGCUCUAUACUUAUGACGACGUUGUUGAAAGAGUAGCUGAGAAACUUGGCUUGGAUGAUCCUUCCAAAAUCCGGCUCACCUCUCACAAUUGCUACUCUCAGCAGCCAAAACCUCAGCCUAUUAAGUAUCGAGGAGUUGAACAUUUGUCGGACAUGCUAGUCCAUUAUAAUCAGAUUUCAGAUAUAUUGUACUAUGAAGUACUAGACAUUCCUCUACCAGAAUUACAAGGCUUGAAAACCCUGAAAAUUGCAUUUCAUCAUGCUCUUAAAGAUGAGGUGGUUAUCCAUACCAUUAGGCUACCAAAGCAGAGUACUGUUGGGGAUGUGCUAACCGAUCUUAAGACAAAGGUCGAGCUGUCUGACCCUAAUGCUGAGCUUAGGUUGCUUGAAGUUUUCUAUCACAAGAUCUACAAGAUUUUUCCGCUUGGUGAAAAGAUUGAGAACAUAAAUGACCAGUACUGGACCCUGAGAGCAGAAGAGAUUCCAGAAGAGGAAAAAAAUCUGGGCCCAAAUGACCGCCUGGUACAUGUAUACCACUUUACUAAAGACACAGCUCAGAAUCAGAUGCAAAUUUUGAAUUUUGGGGAGCCUUUUUUCCUGGUGAUACACGAAGGUGAAAAUUUGGCCAAUAUAAAAGUGCGGAUACAGAAAAAAUUGCAGGUGCCUGAUGAGGAAUUUGCCAAGUGGAAAUUCGCAUUCCUCUCACUUGGUCGACCAGAGUAUCUUCAGGACUCUGACAUUUUGUCAAGUCGCUUUCAGAGAAGAGAUGUUUAUGGUGCUUGGGAGCAGUAUCUUGGAUUGGAGCAUUCUGACAGUACUCCGAAGAGAGCUUAUGCAGCUAAUCAGAAUCGGCACACUUUUGAGAAGCCGGUCAAAAUCUACAACUAGAAAGCACAUCAGGCAAAAUGCAUGAACUUGGCACCAUUUAUUUUGAACUGGAGAGAAAAGCAGAGGAAGUGACGCUGUUAACCGAGUGGUUAAAAACGGUGACAUGUUGUCCAGCAGUUUUUGGCUGAUUUCGGCUGUGUAACAUUUCACUUGUGUGGGAAGCAUGUAUCUGCAAACGUCGAUCACUACCCCUUUUGAGCUUUUAUACUUCCGUUUUUUAGUGGAGGGUUCUUCUUCUUCUUCAAAUGAUAGGUCCCCCUUGUAAUUUAGCAGUACAUAAAUGAGAUUUUGGAUUAGCGAAUGUAUACAGGUAUAGUUACCCGAAUCUUGGUCAAUUUUUUCUCCUUGGCUUCUGUUUUCGUUCUUGGCGGUGCGUAUAGCAGAACGGAGAGCUGUAAUGUUCGAUCAGGCCCCCCCUCCCCGUUGUAGCUUUUUCUUCUGUUAUUAACUCACCGUGGAAGAAGUUGUCCGAUUGAAUUGUCAGGAAGUUGUGACUCUUGUUUGAGGCUCAGCGGGAGUGGUGGCUCUUUUAUUUUGGGGGGGCUUUAUUGCAAAAGAAAUUUGAUCAUUUUUGAUACAUUCUUUACUUUUUAUAUGCUUUGAGAUGAUGAAAUCUAGAAUUUUUUUAAAAUGAUUUUGCUCUGCAGAACUUACAGUACUCUCCAGGGUUUUCACUCUAUAUGUAAUGCUUUUAUAAAUAUACAAGAUUAGUUUCAAUAA